AUGUCUUCUCAAGGAAUAACCACCGUCGAGCUAACACAAUUUCAAGCUUGGCUUCAGGAGUGGAGUACCUCUCCAAUGAUUUUGAAUUUUGUGGAUGAACGAUACUCACUCGAUGGACACAUCAUUUGGAAGGAACAGGCACUUGAAUUGAUGGAUAAAUUAUUUGGCAAAGUGGAUGAAAGAUUUGAUGAGGAGGAAGCUUUGGAAAAGGCCAAAUUAAUUGAUGAAAUUCUGAAAACCUCUUCCGAUCAAGAUUCCUCCUCUAAUAAGGAUGAAGGAAUAACCUCCUCACAAAAGACAAUGAUCGGAGCCAUAGAAGAGAAGAAAUUGGAGAGGAUUGAUUUACCCAUGCUGGUUAGUUUGAGAGAUCAACCCUUAUCAAAUAGUAAUCCAAAUCCAAGAAGUCAACAACAGGAAGAUGGUGAAGAAUAUCAACAACAAUUGAUGAAUAAUAGUAAUAAUAAUAAUUCGGCCAUGAUGGAAUUGGGUGCUGAUCCAUUGGUUAGAUUUGAUGAUUAUGAAGAACCAGAGUGGAAUGAAUCAUCACAAGUUGAAGUUGAUAGUAUAAUGGAAGAGGUUAAGGAAACAAAUUCAUUAUUCAAUGUCAAUGCAUUUCAACAUGUGAUGGAUCCUAAAUUGUUUUCACUUAGUAGAGGAUAUAUUUAUGAGGAUUAUGAAAUGAAGUUUAAUUAUCCAAAUGUUUAUUUGAAACCAAAUAGUGAGUGGGCUAUCUUCCCAUACCUUAAGAAUAUUAUAAGGAGUUAUAUUCAGUUACCAUAUAAGGUGAUUUGUAAGACAAAGAAUUUUCAACAAGUAAUGAGUGAUGAGGGAAUUCAAUUGCCAUUGUUUUAUGGAAAUAAGGAGCAAUAUCAGCAUGAAAUUCAUACCUGUCACGAAUCAGAGGAGAAUGCUCUUUCUUAUAUGAAUGACAUAAUGUGGAAUAGAGUUUACCUUCCAGUUCUAUUGAAUGUUUGUAAUUUGUGGAAUGGUAUUAGCUAUCAUCUCUUCCCUUGGAAGGCAUUCUCACAUUGUAAACAAGCCAUUGUGUUUGAUGUGAGUCUACCUUUUGUAAAUACUAGUGUAAAUAUUGCAAGAACUAAUUAUUAUGGAAGGAUAUUUUCAGAUGUGUACAAUAUCGUGUAUAGAUUGAAACAAGAUAAUUUCACUUCUCCAAUUUUUCAAACUUGUGGCAAUAUAUCUUCUAGAAUUCUUGGAGCUUGUGCAGCUUCAUGCUCAGAUGACAAGGGGUUGAGACUGCACUCUACCAUGAACAAGUAUCAAAUAGUUAUUGUUCCAAUGCUCAGUAAAUCUUGUGAUACCAAUAUAUUGUAUGAGAAUGUGAGGAGCAUGGAGAAGAAACUCAAAUCAUUUGGUUUUAGAGUUCAUGCCGAUAUGAGAUAUGCAACCAAGAAUGUGGAAAAGUUCUAUCAGUGGGAGAGUAAAGGAGUUUCACUUGUAGUAUCAAUUGGAAAACAAGAGUUGGAAGGAAGUACCAUUACAAUCAAGGGAAGAAAUAGUUUGAAGAAAUCUACAAUUCCUGCCAAUGAAGUCAAUUUCGAAAUGAUCAGUUCUCUACUAGAUAAGGAAGAUUCACAUUUGAAGGAAUCAAUUUUGAAUAGAGUGCAAAUUGUAAAAGCUCAAUCUAUGGAAGAAUUAAUUUCAACCUUUAACGAAAAAUUCAAACAAAACUUACAAAGCACAGAUCCAAAGAUGAGAAAAAAGCAACAAAUGGAAUACAAUGCCAAGACAAUUACUAAUUCGCCAUUCUGGCAUGUUGUUGCUCCAAUCCAUAUUAGUGAAGAGUUGUGGGAUAGGAUUCAUGAAGUGGAAGAGGAUUUUUACAAGAAAACAAAUGCUGAAUUUAGAGGAUAUUCAAAAUUUUCAGAAUUGUCUAACCAACAUCUUGUGGAUAGAUUCCCUAAAAUUGAGUCUGGGGAUGUUUGUGUUAUAACUGGUAAAGAACCAAAUGCAUGGCUUUUUAUUAGCAGAUAUUAA